AGCUGCCGCCUCUGUCGGUGUAUCAUCUCUCUCCUCAACCCUAGCUUAGGGUUUAUGCUCUAAAACCCUUUUUUUGGAUCAAGCUCCAACUCCAGGUUUAUUAUUGUAGGUGAUAAAAUGCUCGUGUUGUUUGAAACACCGGCGGGUUUUGCCCUUUUUAAAGUGCUAAAUGAAGGCAAGCUUUCUAAAGUUGAGGACUUGUGGGAGGACUUUUCCAGUGCCGAUUCUGCUAGACAGGUGGUCAAGUUGAAAGCAUUUUCUAAAUUCGAGAAUACUUCAGAGGCUCUAGAGGCAGCUACUUUACUGAUAGAAGGAAAAGCUAGCAAGGGUCUGCGCAAGUUCCUGCGUGCUCAUUGUGAAAAUGAAACACUAGGUGUUGCUGAUUCAAAGCUUGGAAAUGUGAUUAAGGAGAAAUUGAAAAUCGAUUGUAUUCACAACAAUGCAGUUAUGGAGUUGAUUAGAGGUGUUAGAAAUCAGUUAACUGAACUCAUAGCUGGUCUAGCUGUGCAAGACAUGGCCCCAAUGAGCUUGGGUUUAUCUCAUAGCUUAUCCAGAUACAAAUUGAAGUUUAGUGCAGAGAAGGUGGAUACCAUGAUUGUCCAGGCUAUUGGUUUACUUGAUGAUCUUGAUAAAGAAUUGAAUACAUAUGCCAUGAGGGUUCGAGAAUGGUAUGGUUGGCAUUUUCCAGAGCUUACUAAAAUAAUACAGGAUAACAUUCUUUAUGCAAGGGCAGUUAAGUUGAUGGGUGAUCGUGUUAAUGCAGCUGGGCUUGAUUUCUCAGAGAUAUUGCCAGAGGAAGUUGAGGCAGAGCUGAAGGAGGCAGCUGUGAUAUCUAUGGGAACUGAAAUUGGUGAGCUCGAUUUGGCAAAUAUUAGAGAACUCUGUGACCAGGUUUUGUCUCUUUCAGAAUACAGAGCACAACUCUAUGAUUAUCUUAAGAGUAGGAUGAACACCAUUGCACCAAAUUUGACUGCUCUGGUUGGGGAGCUUGUUGGUGCUCGCCUCAUUGCCCAUGGAGGUAGUUUGUUAAAUCUUGCAAAGCAGCCUGGUAGUACUGUGCAGAUUCUUGGUGCUGAGAAAGCACUCUUUAGGGCACUGAAGACUAAGCAUGCCACUCCCAAGUAUGGUCUUAUAUAUCAUGCAUCCUUGAUUGGUCAGGCAGCUCCAAAGUUCAAGGGGAAAAUUUCUCGGUCACUUGCUGCAAAGACAGCAUUGGCUAUUAGGUGUGAUGCACUUGGAGAUGGACAAGAUAAUACCAUGGGGUUGGAGAACAGGGCAAAGCUUGAAGCACGAUUGAGGAACCUUGAAGGCAAAGAAUUAGGCCGUUUUGCUGGUUCUGCCAAGGGGAAACCCAAGAUAGAAGCAUAUGACAAGGACAGAAAGAAAGGAGCCGGGGGACUGAUAACCCCAGCUAAGACAUAUAAUCCUUCAGCUGAUUCAGUUAUUGGGCAAAUGGUUGAUUCUGCUAUGGAUGAAGAUACACAAGAACCUUCUGUUGCCGAUAAAAAGAAAGAGAAGAAAGACAAGAAGAAAAAGAAGGAGAAAAAUGAAGAGGAUGAAACUUUGGUAGCUGAUGGAGAUGCUGGUGAGGAACCAGAACCUGAAGUUGUGAAGAAGGAAAAGAAGAAGAAAAGGAAGGAAUCCACGGAGAAUGUUGAGUUGCAGAAUGGGGAUGAUAGUUUGAAUGCAGGAGAAAAGAAGAAAAAGAGGAAAAAGCAUGCAGAGCAGGAAGAAUUAGCUGAAAUGCCAAGCAAAAAGAAAGGAAAAAAGAAGAAAAAUGAUGACUAAAGUGGAAUUGUAGUCGUCAGUUAAUCAAUCUGAUGACUGGCAACAAUUUUUGUAUACUUAUUGCAGAUCAGUAGUUUCUUCGGUACAAUUUUUACUUUUUUUUUUUUUAAUUUUAAUGCAAUUUGUAGCUUGUUAUUUUGAAAUUAUUCAUUAAGUGGGAUGAGCUGUCUUUGCGGACUAAAGUGGAUAAUUUGAUGCAAUCAUGUUUUGUGAAUGAAAGAUAGUGGUGCUAUACCUUUGUAAUGCUAUUUUACACAUCCUUUUUGUUCGAUCUUUAGGUGAUUAAUUUUAAGUUAAUAUUCCGCAUUUUAAAUGUUCAGUUUCAGGGUUUCUUUUUGUGUUUCGUUUUUCUAGCGGCUCUGAAUAUGAUUCUUGCUUUGCUGAAUCAGUUACUAAUUUCGAAUAAAAUGGUCACCGUUUUAUUUCAAAUUAAGCUCAUCCUACUCUUGGUGUGGACAGCUUUAAUUACGUUACAGGUAUAUACUAAUUGACAUUUUGCUGGAACAUCAUUGCUCAAUCUGAGAGCCUCUAGAAAAUAUACAUGAUGCAAAUAAAAAGCUUAGUAAAAAAUAGUCUUUGAAAGCCCUCCACUAAUUGAUACAACUGUUCCUACAUGACAAUACAUUGAAAAAAAAAAAAAACUGCGAGAAGAAACGGAAGCUUAGAACUGGAAUACCAAUUCCAGAUGAUAAUUGAAUAACAUCAUUUGGAGUAUCACCCUCUUGAUUUGGCCGCAGAUAUUAUUUCAUAGAUAUAGCAUCCGUAAGCAUAGUGGCAUUCUUGACAAAAAGAAAAAGCAUAGUGGCAUCCUAUCUAGCCUCUAUUAUUGAGAUGGAAAUAUCAUUUGUUGAAUAACUUACCGAGUUUUUUGAACUAGACUUCGGCCAAAUUGGAAUAUCGUUUCCCGUGUAAAACGCGGGCUGGCUUGGCUUGGGAAGUGCUUUUUCACCGUUCAACAUUAAAACUACAUUUAACAUGUUGGGCCUAUUUUCUGGUCUUUGUUGUACACAUAAUAGGCCCACGUGAAUAUAUCGCAGUAUUUCACAAGGAGUGACUAAAUCAUCUAAUAAUUCCUCAAUCAGCUCUAAUGGUCUUUCUUCAACCCACAGCCUCCAUGCCUAAAUUGACAUGAAAACCAUAAACUAGUUAGUUCGAAGUGCUUUAUAGAUAUACACAGUGAAGUUAUUUGAUGAGAUGCAGCAAAAAAUAAUACGUCAAUGCGAGUUAUAUUCCAAGCUUACAUGACUUGGA